UUUCUUUUAUUCCCACAUCGGCUAUAAGGAUCGAUUGCAGCGUCUUUUAAAAGCCUAAAUUAAGCUGUUCUGCCGUUUACAAAAACUUUCGCUGCGGUCUGCUGUUUCCCUCUGAAACUUCAAAAUUAUCUCUGAAACUCGGCGUCAUAUUUCUUAAUCAUGCCCUGCAACAGCUGCGGAUCUCGGUCUCUAAUCCGUGACGACGUAACGGGAUGUCUUGUAUGCGACUCAUGCGGCGCCGUUCAAAAAUUCGACAACUACGAGGCUCACACCGGCGGCCUGAACGUCUCUCAGGGCGUUUUUAUCCGAGUUGGCACGACAGGUACCGGCAGUGUUUUAAACUACAAAGAAAAAAAGAUUUACGAAGCUAAUAAUCUCAUUGAUGAUUUAUGCUUUAAAUUAAAUUUAUCAUCUCAAAAAGUUAGAGAUAUUAAAUCAAUGAUUAAUGAUGUUACUGAAGGAGAUUAUGGACAAGGUGACUGGUUCCCUGUUUUAAUUGGUGCUUGUGCUUAUAUUGUAGUGAGAUUAGAGAAUAAAACUGUGUUAUCCAUGGCUGAGAUCGGGAAUUUGAUUGAUUGUAAUGUGUAUGAGCUUGGUAGGAUGAUUACACGUGUCCUUGAUCAUUUGGAUUUGAAGCUUCCUGAGUUUGAUUUAGUGGUUAGUUUUGAGAAGGUAGUUAGGGGUUUGUUUAAUUUUGGGAGAAUUGAUGGUGAGAAGUUUGAGAGAAUGAAGGGACAGGGUGUUUUUUUGAUUCAGUGUAUGAUUAAGUGGUGUUUAACUACGGGGAGGCAACCGUCGCCGAUUGUUGCGGCGGUGUUGGUUUUAGUUGCGGAGUUGAACGGGGUUGAGGAUGUGGGGAUUGAGGAUGUGGCGAGGGAUUUGCACGCGGCGGUGGCUACGUGUAAGUUGAGGUAUAAGGAGUUGUUGGAGAAGCUUGUGGAGAUAGCUCAGGAGUUGCCGUGGGGGAAGGAUAUCACGGUUAAGAAUGUUUUGAAGAAUGCGCCGUUUGUGUUGCGGUAUAUGGAGAUGAAGUCGAUGGAGAAACGGGGGGAGGAGCGGAGGAAUUUGGACUGCGGUGGAUUUGAUUUGGGAGAGGUGAUAAGUCGAUGUUUGAGGAGAGAUGAUCUCGAGCAUUGUGUUGAGGACGAUUCUCGGUAUUUUGCGGUGGAAAAUGCAAGUGGUUUGAAUGAAAUGGUUGUUGAUGAUGUGGAUAGGCUUCAGCUUUCGCAUGAGUGUUUGUCUAUGGUUUAUGACAAGUUCUUAACUGAAGGUGGCUCGGGUAAGCUCGCCGCAGAAACUGGAGGACUUCAUAGUAAGAGAAGCAAGUGGGAUAUUGAGCUUUUCGCAACAGAUUGGUGGAGUGGGAAAUCAGAAUUAAGCAAAAAGCUUUUCUUGAAGGAAAUAUUGGAGAAAAAUGUGGGAGUAGAUCCAAUGCCUCCAUCUUUUGUUAAUGGCCGUGUUGCAGUUGAGAAGAGGAGAGCAAAGAUUGACGCUGCAAAACAUCGAAUUGGAAGGAUUAUGCAUCCAUGGAAUCCUGAUUCAGGUGAUGGCAAAGUUAUUGCUCUUUUGCAAGAUUCACAUACUAAGAAGAGGAAAAGAAAGACACCGGCCAAAGGGACGAAAUUAAAGACACCAGCCAUACGAAUUGAUUGGGAAGAUUUCGUCAUUGAGACCCUUCUACUUCAUCAAGUGAAAGAAGAAGAAAUUGAGUCAGGGCAUUAUAAUACGUUGUUGGAUUUGCACGUGUUCAAUUCCGGGACAAUGUGAGAAGAUUCAAAUAGCAGACAGAGCGGCUACUUUUAUAAUUUCGGUCUUUUCAGCGUUUUAACUUGAAGAAAAUUUUGCAGAAAGUUUCACACAGGUUAUACUAGAUAUCAAUAUACAUAUUCUUGCCAUUUAUAGAAGUUUGAUUACCAAAUUUUGAUACAUAAUAGAUAAUACUAUCUUAUUUUAGUUUUGAAUGAAAAUAUGAGUCAAUUAUUUGAUAAUGUGGCAUCUAA